AAGGAAAAGUUUCCGCGGAUUCCAUCUGGCCCAAAUCUCAGCAUUUCCGAGUACUUGAAACAGCCAUCUGGAGCGCUUUGACAACAUAUUAAGGUGCUUUUCUUCUCGUGGAAUAGGAGACAAAAAUAAUAAUAAUUUAAAUCUCUUAAAAAUGUCAUCUGUGCAUUUUAACCCUGGGAUGGAUUCCAAAGAAGUUAAUGGGAAUAGAGUGAUGGAAGAGGCUCAAGUCCGAAUUGAUGAUGGCAAGGAGGAAAAGGCGGAACCAGACACCAUGUACUAUCGCAUUAGAAAAAGUAUAGCUCCUUUUGUGAUGUCUUUUGGUUUUCGCGUAUUUGGCCUGGUGCUCAUCAUAGUGGACAUCGGCCUGGUCAUCGCCGAUCUAUCGCUGACGGCUGAUGGCCGUGGGAACGUGGGAGCCACUUUGGAAGCUAUCUCUUUGGUCAUCUCCUUCUUCUUCCUCAUUGAUGUUCUACUGCGGAUCUAUGUGGAAGGGUUCAAGGAGUAUUUCAGUUCCAAACUGAAUGUGGUGGAUGCAUUCAUCGUGAUCAUCACUCUGACUGUCACUAUGUUCUAUACAUUCUCUGACCUCUCAGGAGGGACCCAUAUUCCCAGGCUAGUGACGUUCCUGAGAUCUCUGCGAAUAGUUAUCCUGGUGCGCAUCUUUCGUCUGGCCUCCCAGAAGCAGCAGUUGGAGAAGGCCACCAGAAGAAUGGUAUCGGAGAACAAACGACGGUACCAGAAGGAUGGGUUUGAUCUGGAUCUGACAUAUGUGACAGACAGAGUUAUCGCCAUGUCCUUCCCUUCAUCUGGGAAGCAGGCACUCUACAGGAAUCCCAUCAGAGAAGUUGCCAGAUUCCUGGACACAAAGCAUCCGGAUCACUACAAGGUUUACAAUCUCUGCAGUGAAAAAGGCUAUGAUCCAAAGUUCUUCCAUUACAGAGUGGAACGCGUGAUGAUUGAUGACCAUAAUGUGCCAUCACUUGAGGACAUGCUGAGAUACACAGCCAGCGUGAGGGAGUGGAUGGCCGCAGACUCGCACAACGUCAUUGCCAUCCACUGCAAAGGGGGGAAAGGCCGUACAGGGACAAUGGUGUGCACGUGGUUGAUUGACAGCGAUCAGUUUGAGAGUGCACAGGACAGCCUGGACUACUUCGGCGAGCGCCGUACAGACAAAAGCAUGAGCUCCAAGUUUCAGGGCGUUGAAACUCCAUCGCAAAGCAGAUAUGUUGGCUACUACGAGAUGAUGAAGAACAAGUACAGCCGUCAGCUGCCCCCACCCAAGAGCCUGAAAAUAAAGAGCUUCCGUAUUCACUCCGUUGCAGGUGUAGGAAAGGGUAAUGGCAGUGACCUGAAGGUGCAGAUCAUCGUGAAGAAGGAGCGGGUAUUCCAAUGCAUCUGUCCCAAACAGGAGAAAUGCACAUUAUUCCCAGAUGCGGGGAACAAUGCAGUGGUGAUCAGUUUAUUGGAAGGUCCAGUGGUUUGUGGGGAUGUGAAGGUCAUGUUCGAAUCCAGCUCAGGUCUACCAAAGGGAUAUGAGGACUGUCCAUUUUAUUUUUGGUUCAAUACUUCAUUCAUAGAAAACAACAGGCUGUAUCUAUCAAGGGAGGAGCUGGACAACCCUCAUAAGUCUAAGACCUGGGACAUCUACAAGGAGGACUUUGGUGUGACGGUGAUUUUUACUGAACCCUGAGGGGAGGGUUUAUGUAACAAACACCACAGCCUAAAGCUAUUCCCCCACUCUCUUACCACCCCCGACUGCCUUACUCCAACCUCCCAACCUCGUGCACACAACCUGCCCUAACUCUAUAUACUUUCAACUCUAUAUACUUUUCAGCCAUGCAUUGCCCACAAAUAAUGUGUUUUUGUUUACUUCUUAGUCGUAAGAGGAAAAAGUAAAAUGAGUAUCAACAUUCUGAAAAAAUGACAAAUAGCGUAAGUGAUUGGGAAGGGCCGAGAGUUUGACUGGGCUUUGCUUCCACCAUUUGAAGGUGGUCAUGUCUGACACUUAAUGGAGCCAACUAGAUGAAAAUGUAGGCCUCUGUUUAGGAUUUUCUUUAAGCAAACAGACUUCUUAAGAAAUCUUCUAGAGAAAUCUUCCUACACUUUUGUUGUCAUGUGAGCUUUUUGAUCAGGGAUGUGUAACAGAUCGUUAUUACCAAACCAUUCCACCUGGUACUUUGGCCUGUACAAGAUGAAUGCAUUAUUGUGCCAACAGUGAAAAGAGUACAUGGGCUAAUCAUGUAGGCUUCUAAUAUGAAGCAUUCCAUCACACAAGCAUUGUUUCCAACUGGGGAGUGUUGACAAGCAAUGUACUGUAUACUGCAUGUUUGUGUUAUACUGCAGUCUAUGAAUUUUUACAUUCUGGGAAUUCAUCUUGUUUUGUUCUGACAAUAUUUGGGAGAAAAAAUAAAAUGUAUAUAUGCCAUUCAAUAUCAAAACAUGUAUAUACAGCUUUUUGGUUUGCAACAAAAUGGCAAUCAAGAUAUGAGUCAGCUAUGGAAAGAAGAGAAACUGUUUGGAUUUAAAAUGUUUCCUGUGCCAUUUAAUGCAUCACUGGUACUUCAGCCACUGUAAGAUAAAUAAAUAUGUAAGAAUGCUAAAAUGU